AGGGUCUUGGGUGGUGUGGUGCUAUAAAACGGACAUGCCAACACCACUGCGGCGCAUUCAGAAAGAGUUAGGCACCUAACGUACAUCGGCCUGAAAGACAAUAGUCACGACAUUCCAGUGUAACAACUAUCACAAUAAUUCUCUAAGAAUGGUUGGUGCUUGUAAGCAUAUCCAGGCGAUGUUCAGCGUCCUUGUUUGUGUUGGAAUUAUUCUGAUGUGUUUGUCGUUUGUUUCAACGUCUCGGCAAAUCGAUGACAAGCUUGAAGGGUUCCAGAAGCUGGGUCAUACAUUGCGUAAGAGAAGUUACGGCAUCGAUAAUGGGGAUAGCUCAGCGACAUCAUACCCUACCUCAAUACCUAUUUUGGCGUCAUGUGAUGCUCUGAAGAAAGCCGGUUUUGGUUUUAGCGGUACUUACAGAAUCGAUCCCGAUGGUGCCAGUAAUGGAUUGGAGCCGUUCUCGGUAGUUUGUGAUAUGACAUCAGAUUUGUCUCUGGGUUAUACAACGGUUCACCACGACAAAGAAGAAGACGGUGAUGUGAAUGGUUUCGAGGAUAAAGGGUCAUUCAGAGUGAGUGUUACUUACGAUCUUCGGCGGGAGCAGAUAGAGGCGAUCAAGGCAGUUUCAUCUUCGUGCAGACAAUUUAUUAAAUAUGAAUGUAUCGGAUCAUUGUUUAAAGACAGACAUCAACACUGGAUCUCAUUUUAUGGCAGAACGAUGGUCAACUGGGGAGGUGUCCCAACAGGAAUUAGGGGAUGUGCAUGCGGGGUGACGGGAACAUGUGACGACCCUACCAAGCUCUGUAACUGUGACGUCAACGACGAUGCUCCCCGUCUCGACCAAGGCUACCUUACUGAUAAAGCAACUUUGCCUGUUUCGCAGCUUCGUUUUGGAGAUACUGGUGGUGCAAAAGAGAAGGGUGUCUACACGCUGGGACCAUUGCAAUGUGCCUAGGAUUUGUUUGUCAGCCCUCUGACUAUGAAAAUAUCAGUGACUUACAUUUGUCUCAGUUGCUAUGGCGACGACUGUAUAUUAUCAAACAAGUUCUCCCCGAGUCCUUAAGACAGUUUACUAGUUUGUAUUAAGAAUCCAAAUCUUCAUAUACAUAUGAAAUAACUAAUAAUAAUAAUAAUUCAACACGCAUAAGCCCUACUCUACCAAAGCUAUUCUUUUCUGGGGAUAGAACAUAAAAUACAGACACGAACACGUUAAAAACUUUAAAAGUUAUUAUUAUUUAGAAUAAGAUAAGGAACUAUCAAUAUCAAAAUUUAACAAUAUAAAAUUACAUCUUUAUAUAAAUUUAUUAAAUUUGUUUAUGGUUAGGUAGUUACUUGCCCUGGACUAAAUCUUAAAUAUUUUUUCAAAGGUUUUUGAAGCACCACGUAUAUAGUUCUCAAAAGAGUAUCUUGACGUUUCACUUGAAGAAGUGUAAUGUGUACACGAAUGCUUGUGAUGAUAAUAAAGAUUUCAACUAUACUCAAA